CCACUUAAAUUCACACAACUCACAGUGUUUGACUAGUGUUUAUUUUCGAGCAGUAGGCUAAAGCCUAUAAAAAAAAUUUUUUUCACAAGACACAUUUUUUUAUCUCCUUGUUGCCUUCGGAUAAAGUCGCAGUUGGUGGUUGUUGUUCUCCUUAAAGUAGCCUAACUUUAUUAUAUUUUUGUGUUUUUUAUAUCACACAUAGCCCACAUAUGUCUGCGAAAAUUGUGUUGUAGGCCUAUCAUCUGUUUUGCAAAAAUGAUUAAAAUCGACGUUUUAACAGAUUGAAGACGCAUUGCUCAGGUCGAUGCUGAUUAAACGGAAUAUCCGUGGAUUUAUCAUUUAAAUCACAGUAGUAUAUCUUAAUACUAUUUUAAACUAAGGUCCGGGAGGUCAACCGCGUCGAUAAGGUGGAUAUAAAAUGAGGUUUUAGUUUUUUCAAACAGCGGGACUGAAGUGUUUACGGGUUGGGUUUUGAGGUCUUUCGUCGGGCAGCACCCAUGUCCAAAUGCGAAGUAGCCCGGACUAAAUUCGCAUCUCCGGGCAACAAAACACCACUAACCCUGCUGAUUAAUGAUGCAGGCUUUUGCAACCCUAUUUAUUUUUAACCCGUUUGAAAUUUAUAUUUGAUGCGCCUCCAGUAUUUAUGGUGUAGGCUAGCCUAUUGGUUUACAGGGCGACUCGGCCCAUAGCCUACAUUGCUGGUUUACGGUUUAGGAAACAGCUGGGUAAUCGGAAAAGGUUGAAUAGGUUGUUAAAAUUUGACCGUAUGCGUUUCCAUCGCAUAAUCGCUUGAGUGUUUUCAUGGCCGGGGCAGAGCAGCUGGCCGCCCCUCUCCUGGUUGUGUUUCCCUGGGAAGCGGAGCCCCGGAGCGGCUGCCUGCUCGCUGUGUAGUGGGGGCGGAGUGCUGCUAGUCCGCUCAAAUAGAUCAUAAUAUUGUCGAUAUAAGUUAAAUCUGCAUUAAGACCUGCAGCUGAGAUCCACCAGGAGCAACUCAUGCGGUCACAGCCUACUGUCGACCAGCUUAAUCAACGUUUAGUUUUUGAAGUGGUUUUCCAAACUGCGUCAUUGCACAUAUGGACCGCCUGUUCGCUGGAAAGAGGAUAAAUCCUAAAACUCUCAAUUCUCAACAGUUUGUUCAGUGUGCCCACAGAUUAUAUAUCAAGCGAAUGUUUUCUUGUUGUAUUUUAUAGGUCAGCAGCAUGGCUGAAAAGGAGCCCGAAUCGCCUGGAAAACUAAAGGCAUUAUUAUAGCCAGAAUUGGCUUUUUCGGAAUAGGGGGCCUAUCCGAACGGACUAUUUCUUUUCACAACUUUCCCCUCUGUGGAUAAUGGAUGGCAGAGAUUUUGGACCUCCCCGAUCCGUCCACGUACCACCUCCGUUGUUGGCGGGACUCGCAAUGGAGUCUCACCGACUCGGAGCAGCAGCAGCAGCCAGGAGGAUCCCUCCCUCGCCCGGUCACUUGGGUGCGAGUCAUCCGCCGCCUCUCCACUCCGGGAAAUUCUUGCCAUCGGCCAUUAACCUACAUCCACACCACAGCGAUGCCUACGCAACAGGCUCCAGUCCCUUCCUGUCAGGUUAUCCUGGCCACUCCCCCUUGACCUCUGAACCUGCGUACAGAUCGGCCAAUCCCAGCGGUCUGCAGAUGGCUCAGCUCUGGGCAUCACACGCUCACGAAGGCUACCCUCCUCUGCCAAGCAGCCUGUACUCCAGCCCCUACCUGUCCCUGGGGCACCUGGAUUCUCCCUCGCUCUCCCAGCACCCUCUCUACGACUCGCAUAAAGAGGGCUUUUACCUGCCAGCCUCCUUGAGCCAGUUGCCUCUCCACCCUCCGUCUGCUCCUCCGACCGUCCCGUCCAGCUCCACGCCCCCCCAGAGGACGUCCCGAGAUGGGGGUCGGGACCGGCCUUACCGGGGAGAGAGGGAGAGAGAGCGGUCAAGAGAGGAGCAGAGGCCGCACAGUGUGGUGGACCUGACGCAGGACGGGAGGAGCGUGGAGGACCGCAGGGCGAGGAGCGGCGACCGGGAACGAGAGAAAGAAAGGGACCGGGACACGGAGAGAGACCGAGAUAGUUGGCCCUUCCACCCUCACCACCAGCAGCAGCAGCAGCAGAAGUCACACUCCCAGCCUUCCACAGUGGAGCCCAGAUCCAGGCGGUCACCUCCACAGCACUCCUUCCCUUCGGGUGGGGGUGGGAGGUUUCAUGGACCAGAGAUGGACAGAGGGGGUCCGGACGAAGAGGGGGCCUCUCGACCCCACCAUAACCAUAACUCUAACGCUAACUCGAAUAACUCAAACUCCCACUCAGACAGACAAAGGAGGAAUGACUCUGUAGCUACGUCAGCUGGGACCCUCCACAUCUCCUACGCCCUUCCUCCAGCGUUUCAGCCCUCCGGCGCUGGCCCGCCCCAACCCUCCACACCCAGAGAGUCCACGAGAGAGCAGCGAGUCAGCGCACCGACAUAUGUGCCUUCUGUGGAGGUUUACGAUGAGCGGGUCGGGCCCAUCCAGAUUGCCUCGCAGGCCCGCGACAACAAACACGGUGACAAACACAGAGACAGAGAGAGGGAACGAGACAGAGAGCGAGACAGAGACCGUGAACGGGAGAGAAACCUGGAGAGGGAGAGCUACAGGUUUCCUGAGAGGAGCCCGAUGGAGCAUCCUCGACUCUCCCAGUCUGGCGAUUCAGGCAAUCAGAGAGAGGAAGGUUCGGUCAUUUGUUCAAACGGUUCCAUCGGUAAACGAGGUCAGGACGUGUCUUACUCCUCCAGUCAAUCAAGGUUCAGCCCGGAAACCAGGGACAUCUCUAAACACUCAAUCCAAGUGGGCAUAGAGCGGGCAGGGGCGGAGCCUAAGUGGAAUACCAUCAGCCCUUUAGCCAACUAUGCCACGAGUCACAUGGCUGCCCUAGCAGCCCAACACGGACACACGCUCGCCUCCCCCCACAGCCAGCCGACACAUGCACAAAUGCCCCAUUCCCCUCACACAACUCAUCGGCCCAGCAACAACCCACACUCCGCCCACAGCCAUUCCCCGCAGAAUCACCCCUCCCAACACGGACACGGGCGUGCAGUUGAGGAGGGGAGUCAGAGACGCUACCUGGACCCAUCGGCGCUCUACCGACCUGGGGGGUCAUUGGCAGGAGAGCGGGGUGGGUCAUCAGGGUCGGAUCCCACAGAGGUUUCAGCCAUGCAGAGUCUGAUUAAAUACAGUGGGAACUUUGCUGCUGAAGGUCCGGGUUCCUCUAGGAACGCUGCGGAUGGCAGAGGGCCCUUUGGGGGUCUGGCUCACGUUGGUAUGGAAGCCGAGAGGGAGAGGGAGAGGGAGAAAGAAAGAGAGAGGGAAAAAGAUAGAGAGCGGGAAAGGGAGAGAGACAGGGAAAGGGUAUCGGUUGGAUCUGGUGGUUCAGGGGCGUUGAGAAUGCCUCCCCAGCUGAAGAGAGAGCAGGAGCGGCCGGACAGCGCCCGCUCGUUUGGCCGGGAGGCGGAGGGGGAGGUGCGCCACCCUCCGGUUGGCAUCGCUGUGGCUGUGGCCCGGCAAAGAGACAGUGGAAGCACCAGUAAACAGACCAGUGGACCCUCAGACACACAGAGAACCCUGCUGCAAACAGUUAUUAAAGAUGAGGAGCGAGGGGAGGAGCGGGGUCGUCACCAUGACGACCGUCUGCUGGCUGGCAGGCUGGAGCGCGAGCAGGAGAAAGUGCUCAGAGAGUCCAAGGAGCUGGCAGAGUUUACGCAGAUGCACCCUACCCCGCUGUCUAGCAGCUUGACACCCAGCCUCAUGACCCCCAACCUUAUGGUGACAGGAGGGGCGGGACGAUGGCCUCCCGACCCCUCAACUCUGACCUCUCACCCCUGGAUGCCCCGACCUGGAGCCCCCCCAGUUUGGCUCUCCAGCUCCCCAUACAGCCUGGGUCCUUCCUCACUCCACCAGACCCUCCCCCCAGGCUACCCACAGUCUCUGCCAGGCUCCAUACCCCAUCCAUACCAGUUUGCCAGAGACCCACAGUCUGGACAGCUAAUAGUCAUCCCCACUGAACACCUGCCACACUACGGAGGUGACGUGCUGGAGCGCGGAGCCCCGGUGUGGUCGGGGGUGUACGGUACAGGCAGCUCGCUGCAGCACGCAGCCCAGCUCCAGCUCCUCUCCCAGCAGCAGAUGCUCCGGCAACAGGAGCUGCUCAUGAUCCAGCAGCACACAGCGCAGGUCCUGGAGCUGCAGAGGAACGCACAGCUCGUCGAGCGUUUAAAGGCCAGCGAACACCGGCCGGAGAUGCAAGACAAAGCAGACAAGCGAAACGCCCACCCCAAACCCCGCCCCUCCUCAGUAUCUUCUCCUUCUCCCUCACCCAUCCUGCACCCCCGCAAACCUCCCCCUCCCUCUCGCACGCCAACUCCGUGUACUUCCUCCCUCACCCCGCUGCCUCCGCUCCCCUCCCCGGUGACCACCCUCAAGUCAGAGGAAGGUGGGCAGAGAGCGUUGUCUCACCCGCCCACGCCCCUGCCUCACCCGCCUUCCCCCUGCUCAGCCUCUCCGCCCCCGUCUUCACCGCGGCGGCCUAAACUAGAGGCGGCCGAGGAGGGGGAGAUGGGACGGAGGGGGCAGAGAGAAGGACAGAAGCCGACCUCUGCGCCCUUUCAAGGCAUCUACUCUGAUCUCCCUCCUGGUUACCCUUACCAGUCAAUCACUGCCCCAUUUGGCUCACCUUUCCCCCCUUAUCACAUCCCAGCACCCACAGUGGCAAACACCGAAGUAGUCCCACCUCACCGCUCCCGCUCUCCUGCCUCUCCUGCCUCUCCUGCCCCUUCGCCCUCAGCACACCUCCAUUCAAGGCUGCUGGAAGCCAGCAUCAAGCCACAGAAACUAGAGCCGUCAAAGACAGGAUCUUUUCUCAAGCAGGAACCAGGUCUGGAGCAGCCUGCACUUGACAUGACGACAGAACCUCUGGGUCCCGUUCGCCGGAGCUGCAGCCCUGUGCUUGCCAGCCAGGACAGAGAGGAAGACGGGGAAGUCCCGAAGCCCCAGCCUCGACCGCUACCUCUGCUUGUCCCCAGCCCUCCACCGCUACAGGGUGAAAGAGGGGAAGAAGUCAGGGAGGAAGACCAGGAAGGGGGGCAAAUCAAAAUGGAGGUGUCAUCUUACUCCUGUCAGGCAGCAUAUGCCCUGCCUCCUCCACUCACAGAGACUGAGCCUAAACCCGAGGUCAUGAAGGAUCCCGAAUGGUAUCCACCGUGCAUCGUUGCAGAUUCAGACAGCCAGGAGUCGGCUCCGAUGCGCGCGUCACUAGAACAAAUCGCCAGCGCAGCGUGUGAACAAGAACAGCCGGACACUCCGAUCAACUCGCACAGUCCCAGUCAGAAAGAAAGUGUCACUGAAGCUCCUGCUUUUCCUCCUCCCACCUCCAACUCGCCCCUCCCGCUGGUCAUCGGUCCUGAGGAUCCCAUGGCGGGGAUGUUCGCUCUGCUGGCAGCCAGUGAGAUGGCCCAGGCCCGCCCGAGCACCCCACCCGCCCCGACGCUUACGCUGCAUACAGAAAACCCUCCCGUGGGUGCAGACUGCAGCAGCGCCGGGGCUCUGGAGAUGGUGGCGCUGGAGGGGAUGGCCCUGCUUAGCCAAAUGGCCCAGCGAGAGAUGGAGCACAUCAGCAUGGAGCAAGAUCUGACAUUAGAGGGUCUGGACUGUCUUCUUGAAGCAAGCAGACAGAUUUUGUUGGAGGCCAUCGAGAAACAGUCCCACAUCGAUCUGCCCAGAACGCUGGACCCCACCAAGAAGUACAGCUGGAGGCAGAGGAAGGAAGAGCCGCUGUACAGUAAAAUGUCCCUGGACGUGUUGGACGCGGUGGAAGUGGAGUACCGUGUCCACCUGGCCGAGCUGCAGAAGACGUAUAAGGAGAAGCAGAGAGAUUUGAGCAAGCUGCAGAGACGCAGAGACAAGCGUGAGCGGCAGCAGCAGGAGGACGAGAGGCGGAGUCUGACCAGACGGGGCAGAGGACGACCCAGGAAGAGGAAACACUUGGCUACACCUCCCAAACUGGACUGCAGGCCUGGAAAGGUGGGUAGGACAGUGCAAUACUCUGAGGACUCUGAAGCUGGGGAGGGACAGAGGAAGCGGUUUCGGGUGUCCAGAGAAGACGAGGAGACGGAGGCAGGAAGUGGAGGAGGAAAGGUGAAAAAGAAGAAAAAGAAGAAGAAGAGCUGGAAUGACCAGGAGCCGUCCACCAGUCAUGCUCUGGAGGUGUUGAAGGCGAAGCGCGGCCAUGUGUGUGAGCAGGAGCAGCUGGCGUCGGACCUCGACCGAGCGCUUUCGCUGACGCAGCUCGGCGCAUCGCGCAAACUCACCUCCAACUCCACAUCAGACAAGUCGAAGGGCAAGUCUGCGGAAAGUCGGACGAAGGAGCGCAGCGUCCACCCAUCCGCCAAAACGGGGAAACCCAAGAUGCCCGCCAAGGCUUCUGCUUCGGAGACCGUCCGAAAAGUGAAAGGUCAGAAGAAGAUCACUUUGUUCUCUACCAUGAGAUCAGAGCUCAGCAGCGGCUCAAACAACUCCGAUUCAGAGGAGCACAAUUCUGCUCGAGGGGGCUGGCCCUCUCUCUCAGGGACGCGUUCCCACGGCGACCUGGCCACGAAGGGGCAGUCCGCAUCCUCGCCGACGUCCCUGCUGUCCAGCGAGAAGCCUCCGAAGAAGAAACACAAGCACUUAUCCCUGCUGCUGGAGGAAGCGGGCCUCAGCUCCUCCGACGACUCCUUCGACCAAGAAACCUCCGAGGACGACUACGAGAACGAGUCCGAUUCGGACGACGAUGGCGGCUGUGAGGAGAGCGGACUGGGUCUGCUGGCCAGGUUUGCGGCGAGCGCGCUCCCCGUCAGCUCCACCCCAUUGAGCCUUGUCCAUGAUGAACGCCGCAGCAGGCAAAGCACUCUGGGGUCAUCAGAGUGUGAGUGGUCAGACUCUGGCUCGGACAUACGACUCAGGAAGUUCCCCUCUCUGCUGCACGGCAAACGCUCCGCCCCAGAGCUCCCCCUGUUGCCCCCGGCAACCCGCCGCAUCGACCAGACCAGCCCCUCAAAGCGAGAUGACUCUCUGCCAGUCAAACGCAAGCCUCUGCCCAAGCCGCGGCCCACGCCCCGGUCGCCGCGAUCGUUCAGCUUCGACCUCCCCUCCGCCUCCGCCUGCGGGUUCGGAGGCUUCAGCGAGGACGAGGGCUGGACGCGGCGACGCAGCGAGAGGAUCUUCCUCCACGAUGCCACCACCUCAGCCAGUCCGAUGCCCGCGUCGGCCUCCGCUUCCACCAGUCAGAGCUCCUCCUCCAGCUCAGCCCCACCUCUGACCCCGAAGCCAGCCUCCAGACCCAAAGCCUCUCCGCCCAGCAGAGAGGGGAAAGAUGUGGUCAAACAGAAAAAGAAGCUGAAGGACUCUCCUCUGCCCGUGAGCCCGUCCACUCUGUGCAGUCCAAUCACCGGCACCCCUGCGCCCCUGAGCCUCAGCCCGGCUCGCAAGAGCCAACAAAAAGCCAAGACCAAGGCCAGAGAGCCUUCCAGAGGAGCAGUGAGCCGGCUGAUGGAGAGCAUGGCGGCAGAUGAAGACUUUGAGCCCAACCAGGACAGCAGCUUCAGCGAAGACGAACUCGUCCCAACGCGCAGCAACAGCGUAUCGGAGAGGUCCUCCACACCUGCUCCAGUGCAGUGUGUGUUGGAUAAGGAUUCUCUGGUGGACGGACUCAGAGUUUUGAUCCCGAUGGACGACCAGCUAUUGUACGCAGGACAUGUGAACACUGUACACUCCCCUGACAUAUACAGUGUGGUGGUGGAGGGGGAGAGAGGGAACCGACCACACAUCUACUGCUUAGAACAACUGCUGCAGGAGGCUAUCAUCGAUGUGAAGCCUCCGUCCGUGCGCUACCUCCCAGAGGGCACCCGCAUCGCUGCCUACUGGAGCCAGCAGUACCGCUGCCUGUACCCCGGCACUGUUGUCAACGGAAGUUCAGAUAUUGACGAGAAUGAUGAUCUCAUCACCGUGGAGUUCGACGAUGGCGACACAGGCCGCAUCCCCCUCUCCCACAUCAGGCUGCUGCCGCCAGACUACAAGAUCCACUGCGCUGAGCCGUCCCCUGCGCUGCUCGUGGCCAGCUGCUCCAGGAGGCGAGUCCGCAAAUGCAGCAAAGAGGGCAAAGACGCGGGACCAAAGCCAGAGGAGACCGCUCCCAAGAUCAAAGGAAAACCUGGUCGCAAACCCAAACCCAAACCAGAGACCUCUAUGAACCCAGAUGGCCGAGAGAAAACCGAUCAUCCAUCCUCCUCCACCCAGCCUGCAGAGAGACCCCCGGCUCCAGCCAAGCCCUCCCAGGACAGGACCUCCUCUGUCCAGAAGGCAGCUCAGGAGAAGCCCCGGCCUGCUUCCCGGCCAACAAUGGGAACCCAGGCCAAACCAGGCCGCAAGAGCUCCGCCACGUCUCCCGCUAGUAGCCCUACCCUUCCCAACCCAAUCCCCAGGAAGGCCAGCUCAGGCCAGUCUCCCGCUCCUAAACCCGCCCGCGCACUCCCUCCCUCCCUCUACCCCUCCACCUAUGGAAAAGUCCUGACUGUGGAUCUGUACAGCGAGCCCAACCUCAGCUCAUACAACAACCAGCGCAGAGACCGAGAGAUUAGCAGCAGUGUCAGUCCCACCAACAACAGACCAAUGUGCAGACCCAAUAUGGCGACAUCAUCCGCUGCACCCAAGCCGAGUGCUUCGUCCACACCCAGACCAACCUCUGCCUCCUCAUCCAAAACCAAACCCUCCUCGGAGCAUCACAGACCCAGCCACAGUGCUGGACUCAUCCCCAGCCCCAUCUCCAGGCUGUCAACGGGCAAACCCGGCUCUUCGCUGACUUCCAGACCUUCCUCAUCUUCGUUGUCGUCAUCAUCUGCCCCUAGACCCAAACUGAAGAUGCCGUCUGACCAGCUUUCCUCCAGACCCAGCACCAUCUCCAGGCCCAAGCCCAGCCCGGGGCAAAGUGACGUGGGCUCGGUGGUGAGACGCAAGCCCCUGUCUGCGGAGCCCCUCGUGAAGCUCGACCAUGAAGGCGUCACCUCCCCCAAGACCAAGAAGACCAAGGCUCUGAUGUUACUAGAGGGUCGGGGCGUCAGAGGAGAUCACACCCCCAUCACCACAGCCACAGCCAAUCAGAAACUGCUAAAAGCCAAACCGCUGAGAGCUCUGGAUAGAGGCCUGCCCGAGAAAGACUACAAAGCGCCGAUGCUGGCUAAGGAGAAGGCAGAAGGUCGCGGCAGUGCUGCCAGAGGACAGGGGAUGGACACAAGAGAGGAGAAAGGUAAAAGAGAGGAGAGGAAGGAGGUGGAGAAAAGAGAGGAGAGGAAGAUGAAAGAGGAAUCUCAGAGUAGCAGCAGCUCAGAGUCAGAGGAAGAACGGGAGAAAGGGAAGAUGAAGAAAAAGAAGAAAUGCACCUCAAGUUGCUCGUCCUCCUCUUCAUCCUGCUCCGGUUCCUCCUCGUCUUCUUCGUCCUCGUCCUCUUCAUCGUCCUCUUCGUCCACUGAUGACUCUUCCUGCAGCUCAGAUGAAGAGAGGACUCCCACUUCUCCACAAGGCCCCGUCACCCCACCUCCAGUACAGGACAAACCCAAAGAAGAAAAUAAAGAAGGAGAGGAGGAAGAGGGGAAGGAUGAGGUGGAGGUAAAAGUGGAAGAAGAAGAGCUGUCUCGUCUCUCACCAUCUUCCUCUCCUUCGACCUCUCCGACUCCGUCUGCUCCCGCUAAACCAGCCACGGGGAAGGGCUCUGGGCAAAGGGGCCGUCCUCCGAAACCAAAGCCCAGCGGAGGAGAGGGGAAGGUGGGGAGACCGAAGCGGAGAGAGGGGGUCCACCUCCCCACGACCAAGGAGCUGGCUAAACGUCAGAGGCUUCCCAGUGUGGAGAACAGGCCCAAAAUCUCUGCUUUCCUUCCAGCCAGACAGCUCUGGAAGUGGUUUGGAAAACCCACUCAGAGACGUGGUAUGAAGGGCAAGGCCAAGAAGCUCUUCUAUAAGGCUAUUGUGCGUGGCCGAGAGAUGAUCCGCAUCGGUGACUGCGCUGUGUUCCUGUCUGCCGGUCGGCCCAACUUGCCCUUCAUCGGCCGCAUCCAGAGCAUGUGGGAGUCGUGGGGCAGCAACAUGGUGGUCAGGGUCAACUGGUUCUAUCAUCCAGAGGAGACAAACCCCGGCAAGAAACUUACCGACAAGAAGAACUGGGACCAGAUGUGUGGUCAGUCUUUACCAGCAGCUCUGCACUCUUCUAUCCAGAGGAAAGACUUCAUGGAGCGCGCCCUCUACCAGUCGUCUCACAGCGACGAGAACGACGUGCAGACGGUCAGUCACAAGUGCCUGGUGGUCAGCGUGGAGGAGUACGAGCAGAUGACCCACACGCGUCGCUACGCCGACAGCGAGGACCUCUACUACCUGGCCGGCACCUACGAACCCACCACCGGCAUGAUCUUCAACACUGACGGAGUCCCGGUCAUCUGCUGAACAAACAAAAGAAAAAAACUCCCCACGAGUUGCUGAAACCAGAUCAAGGCCCGACUCGCCGCCGAGUCAGACAGCGACCGGUCUUUUCCAAGUCUAAUCACUGAUCUUCAUGAUGGAUCUUUCAAUGAACUCAACCGCUCCGACACAAUAACACACUUCAGACUGGACUGUCUUGAGCAGCUUCUACUACAGAGACGGGAGACACUAGAGAGACAGUAUUACACGGAACACGUCUCCUGAAAAACCUUUGCACACACAGACCCCCAUCAAACUAUUUCACUUGUUAGUGUUCAUGGGAAAAGCUUCUGAACACACACACAAGCACUUCAGUCCCCUUUUACAUGUAAAUAUCUGCAUAAACACACACACACACACACAUGCACAGACAUGUAAAUACGCCCCUCCAUGUAAUACACACACACAGUUAUAUAGAGGAAAAUAUGAGUGUUUUAUUUUCAUGUAAUAGAUUUAUGUCAGAGUACUUUUUUCUAAAGAGGUAAACAGCCGAGAAGCUUUAAUGAACUGUGAAUGAUGAUACAGGAGAGAGGACCGCGUCUGUCUGUCCGUCCUCCCUCUGCACUGGCAGGACGGAUGGACAGAAAGACGGACGCAGGCGGCGGUGAUGUGACGUUGUGAUUAUGAUGUUGCAGUGGUGAUGUUACAGGUCAUGUUACAGUCAUGUAAAUGUAUCUACAGAACAGCAGGAGCGACAGACCGAGAAAGAGACGCACAGUCCCAACAGAGAGCACUUAAAUAAAUAAAAAAAACACUUAAAGUCUAUCCUCCUUUAAUUUAACCCCUUUGAGUCACCGUGACAAUCCUAAUUCGGGCAGGCUGUCCAAACUGUCCCGUGUGCUACUAAAACUUCUUGACUCCCCCAGAGACUCAGGCUUAAAGAGAGAGGAAGGAAUCUUGUACUAUUAAAAGCACUUCCCAUUUUCAUCUUUGAGUUUCUUAUCUUGAAGGAAAGAUCCACCCAGAGAACACGUAAACACUAUGAAACCAGUUCAUGUCGAUGUAUCUCUUAUGUAGUCGCUCGCCCAUUUUUGCACUGAGGUUGAGCAACAACAACAGUGCGAAAUGGAUCCCAGAGGAUGUAGAGACACCAGUUUCAAUUCAUUCAGUGACUGGUUGAUGUUGAAAAGCAUACUGGGAAACGUAGGACAAAAAUGGGUAACCAAGAAAAGUAAACCAUAACACUUGAUCACAAAGUGACUCCGUGAAUGCACUGAACAAGUUGAUGUAUUGACAGUGUUGGGGUCCUAAAGGGUGGAUUUGUCCUUUUUAUUUAUUUAUUUUAUUUUAUUUUAAGGUGUUUUCAGGGUUGUAAACAUUGCAGUCGGUCGAAGAUGCAUUAAGGUCUAUGCACUGAUUACAUCAUGAACAUAAUUUCAUUUUGACAAUAUCUUCCACAGAUUUGCUUUUGUUCAUUCGUCUUGGCUGCAUUGUUUCAACCUCUAAAUGUCCUGUGUUAGAUUUUAUUUUGAGUUUGCUUCUGCUGUUUUAUGGACCUCUAUCUUACCCCGUUCGAUCAGCCCCUCCAGGCAAUCAUCUUAGACGUGAGUGCACUUUGAAUGAGCUCCGCUGCA